CUUGGUAGUAUUAGCCUCCAUUUCCACUUCCCUUUUUUGCGAUUUCUUUCUCUUCCCACCGCGUGGACUUGCUCCAACUUAAUUAGAACGGUUACACAAAACUCCAUCCAUUCCUUCUUCGUUACAACCUCCUUUUUUUGGUCAUUUUCUUCCCAAUACAUUGAUUCCAGUACAGAUUAAUCAAUAAUUCAGGUUCUGGGUUGUUGUCUUUUCUCGCUUUUUUUUUCGAAUUUCGACGACUUCUGGAUCGCUAACCCGGGCUCUCGGCUGCUCUUUUGUUUGUUGGAGUCUGUAAUUUUCCCCUCUUCUUCUGGGGGUUUUGUUCUUCAUUUUGGGAGAAAUUUAGGAGGCUCUCUUCUGCUAUUAAGGUGGAUGAUUGUUGAACGGGGAAACAAAGUGAAGUGGGAAGAAUAAAUUGUAUGGAUAACUUAUGCUGCUUCAAUUCUGUUUAUUCUCAGUUUGUAGGAGGUCGUUCGCAGGGUAGCUCUGGAAAGGGCAGGGGAAACCAAUGCCCUGUCAGGUAUGGCUUUAGCUUAGUAAAAGGCAAAGCAAACCAUCCCAUGGAAGACUAUCAUGUUGCUAAAUUUAUAACAGUACAUGGCCAUGAGCUAGGCCUUUUCGCCAUAUAUGAUGGUCAUUUAGGAGACAGUGUACCAGCCUAUCUUCAGAAGCAUCUGUUUCCUAAUAUACUGAAUGAUGAGGAAUUCUGGUCGAAUCCCCGUAGCUCGAUCUUUAAGGCUUACGAGACGACAGACCAAGCGAUACUUUCACACAGUCCUGACUUGGGAAGAGGUGGAUCCACCGCCGUCACUGCAAUUUUGAUAAACGGUCAGAAAUUAUGGGUGGCUAAUGUUGGAGAUUCACGAGCAGUCCUUUCGAGAAAAGGGCAGGAAGAGCAAAUGUCGGUUGAUCACGAGCCAAACACCGAGCGUGGAAGUAUUGAGGACAGAGGUGGAUUCGUCUCUAACAUGCCAGGAGACGUUGCAAGAGUGAACGGGCAGCUAGCAGUUUCUAGAGCAUUUGGCGACAAGAACCUCAAGACACACUUACGAUCUGAUCCCGACAUAAAGAAUGCUGAUAUCGACUCCGACACCGAGCUUCUUAUCUUAGCAAGUGAUGGUCUAUGGAAGGUGAUGACGAAUCAAGAAGCGGUGGAUAUAGCAAGAAGAACGAAGGAUCCGCAGCGAGCAGCAAAACAAUUAGCAGCAGAAGCGUUGAAACGGGAAAGCAAAGACGACAUCUCGAUCAUCGUAGUAUGUUUCAAAGGCUAAAACUUAUGUUACCAUCACUUAGUUCAUGGCAUUCAACUCUCUAUUAUGUUUAAUCCCUUCCCAGAACGAAGAAUUGUGCAAAAAAAAGAAAGAAAAAGGCAUCUCUGUGGUAGAAUAUGAUGUUGUUGUUCUAAAUUUGGUGCAGCUUGAUCCUUUUACAUGAUUUCUUUUACAUGAAUGAACUUAUGAAACAGUUUGGAGGUCUGGGUUUGGCCUUUGGGUCUCCAUGGAACACCUGCCUGACAUGUAUGCAACUGUUCUAAUAGAUUCAUAAGCUUUUUUGGUUGAUGUA